AUGUCCGGAGCACCACCGCCAUACACCUCUCAGCCUCAGCCAUAUGGCAAUGCAGGUUACGCCCCACAAGGACACAAUCCAUAUCCACAACAAGGUCCGUAUCCACAGGGGUAUUAUAAUCCGAACCAACCACAAGUCAUAUACGUUCAACAACCCGCCCCUCAACAACAACGCCAAUCCGAUGAUAACUGCUGGUUGACUUCAAUUCUCGCCCUUUGCUGUGGAUGUCUAAUUGGAGAAGUUUGCUGUGAUAGUCCGAUGCUCUGCUGUGUCAUUCCAUGCCCAAUUCGUCUUCCUAGAUUCAGAUAA